CAGUGACUCAAAGGGAGCCAAACCCUGAGCUUGACCACCACCACCAAGUUCGAGACUUGUUGUCUAACACAACCGAUGCCUCACAAGAUAUCCGUUGCCUAAAAUCGCCAAGAUAAUCGACAGACUCUGGGUUUUCAAUCCAUCUCUCGAAAUCGUCGAAUCCCCUGAAUGAAGGGAACUAUUUGCGCCAAUAUUCUAACUCUCACUACCCGAUUCAAACGCUUGCACCUCCCACAACUCACCCCAAUCCUCAAUCGACACCACCACACUAUAACCACAGACAUAACUAGACCAAAAUCUACGGCAGUGCCAUUGAUGGCACCCGCUAUGACAACUUCGACGACAAUGGAAACCCGGAUUCUCAAAGUGAAGGUGGACGACAGCAACAUCCAAGUGCUCGGCCACUGGAAGGAGGAGUCAGCAGAACACAAAGAUGGAAGCAAAACGAAAACUAGCAAUCUCAACACAUGGGAGGUCCCAACUACAUCAGAAAAUGAGAAUAUACUGUCUCCCAUCCGCGAAGCAGCCCACCACCUCCGCACCACCGACAUUCCUGUCGCCUUCCCCACGGAAACCGUCUACGGCCUAGGCGCCGAUGCCACCCGCAGCGCUGCCGUCAAGGGAAUCUAUGCCGCCAAAGGUCGACCAAGCGAUAAUCCUUUGAUCGUGCACGUUUGCGAUUUGAGCAUGUUACGGUCAUUCAUCUCUCCCUCCUUCUCCUCAGCAGGAGACGAAGAAGACCCCAUCCCAGCCAUCUAUCACCCCCUCAUAACCCGCUUCUGGCCCGGCCCCCUCACCAUCCUGCUACCCAACCCCUCCCCCUCCCUCCUCGCUCCGGAAGUAACCGCCGGCCUACCCACAUUCGGGUGCCGAAUGCCCGCCUCGGCGCUGGCUCGCUCGCUGAUCAAACUCGCCAACGCCCCCCUCGCCGCGCCCUCUGCGAACGCCAGCACUAAACCCAGCCCCACCGCCGCACAACACGUGUUAGACGAUCUACGGGGUCGCAUCGCACUGAUCUUGGAUGGAGGAUCAUGCAGCGUAGGGGUGGAAAGCACGGUCGUCGACGGGCUUUGCUCGCCGCCUGUGGUGCUGAGGCCGGGCGGGGUCAGCUUGGAGGAGAUUAGGGAGUGUAAGGGGUGGGAAGGCGUGGAGAAGGCGUAUAAGGAUCAGGCAGAGGUCGGAGGAAAGACGGCGCCGAGAGCGCCGGGGAUGAAGUAUAAGCAUUAUAGCCCGAAGGCGAGGGUGGUGUUGUAUGAGGCGGAGGGAGGGAGGAGGGAGGUACCGAAGGCGGAUGUGAGGGAGGCGGUUGAAGCGGCUGGGGAGGAGGAGGGCAAGGGAAACGUGAAGAGUGUUGCGGUUAUUAGGACGGGGAGAUGGCCUGUUGCCGGGGGGUUGAGGAGUCAGGGGCUUGAUGAUGUUGCUGCGAAGGACAGCGGGGACGUGGCCGAGACUGGGUUCGCUGUCAGGGAAGGGCAAUGGCUGGAUGAGGACGGCACCACGGUGUUGGCAAGGCUUCUGGAGAUUGAUCUGGGCAACGAUGUCAAGGGGGUGGCACAUGGCCUUUUCGCUGCCCUCCGAGAGCUGGACAGGCGCGGCGCGGAUGUAAUAUUCGUAGAGGGUGUGAGUGAUGGAGACGAUAUCGCGGCGGCGGUCAUGAACAGGCUGAGGAAAGCCGCUUCCGACAUUAGAAUAUAGACGGGGUCAAACCCUAUAGAUCGCAAGGGAAAAGACUAUAACUCCUGUUUUCUGCUAACCCA